GGCGGCUGCCCGGGUCCGCCCGCGCUAGGGAGGAUGCCUUUGGCGGCGGCCACCCCGGGAGCCUUGCCGCAGGAGCGCCUCGGCCUCUCCGCGGCCAUCAGCCUGGCCGCCCCCAGGGACGCUGACCGCGAGCUCACCCAGAGGCUCAUCGAGACCCUGCAGCCUUUCGGGGUGUUCGAGGAGGAAGAGGAGCUGCAGCGCAGGACAUUAAUUUUGGAAAAGUUGAACAAUCUGGUGAAGGAAUGGAUAAGAGAAAUUAGCCAAAGCAAAAACCUUCCUCAAGCUGUCAUUGAAAAUGUUGGGGGAAAACUUUUCACGUUCGGCUCUUACAGACUAGGAGUCCACACAAAAGGUGCCGAUAUAGAUGCGCUGUGUGUUGCCCCGAGACAUGUUGAUCGAAGCGACUUUUUCACCUCAUUCUAUGAGAAAUUGAAACUACAGGAAGAAGUCAAAGAUUUAAGGGCAGUUGAGGAGGCAUUUGUACCAGUUAUCAAACUGUGUUUUGCUGGGAUAGAAAUUGAUAUUUUGUUUGCAAGGUUAGCAUUGCAGAAUAUUCCAGAAGAUUUGGACCUAAGAGAUGACAGUUUGCUUAAAAACUUAGAUAUUAGAUGUAUAAGAAGCCUUAACGGUUGCCGGGUAACUGAUGAAAUUUUACAUCUAGUACCAAACAUCGACAACUUCAGGUUAACUCUGAGAGCCAUCAAAUUGUGGGCCAAAUGCCACAAUAUCUAUUCCAAUAUAUUAGGUUUCCUCGGUGGUGUUUCCUGGGCUAUGCUAGUAGCAAGAACUUGCCAGCUUUAUCCAAAUGCAGUAGCAUCGACUCUUGUACGUAAAUUUUUCUUGGUGUUUUCUGAAUGGGAGUGGCCAAACCCAGUGUUAUUGAAAGAGCCUGAAGAACGGACUCUUAAUUUGCCAGUGUGGGACCCACGGGUAAAUCCCAGUGAUCGAUACCAUCUUAUGCCUAUAAUUACACCUGCAUAUCCACAGCAGAACUCCACAUACAAUGUGUCUGUUUCAACCAGGAUGGUCAUGAUUGAGGAGUUUAAGCAAGGACUUGCUAUCACACAUGAAAUUUUGCUGAAUAAAGCAGAGUGGUCCAAACUGUUUGAGGCUCCAAGCUUCUUUAAAAAGUACAAGCAUUAUAUUGUACUUCUGGCAAGUGCACCAACAGAAAAACAACAUCUAGAAUGGGUAGGCUUGGUGGAAUCAAAGAUCCGCAUCUUGGUUGGGAGCUUGGAGAAAAAUGAAUUUAUUACCCUGGCACAUGUGAAUCCCCAGUCAUUUCCAGCACCCAAAGAAAAUCCUGACAAGGAAGAGUUUAGCACAAUGUGGGUGAUUGGGUUAGUGUUAAAAAAGCCAGAAAACUCCGAAAUUCUCAAUCUUGAUCUCACCUAUGAUAUUCAGUCUUUCACAGAUACAGUUUAUAGGCAAGCAAUACAUAGUAAGAUGUUUGAGGUGGAUAUGAAAAUUGCUGCAAUGCAUUUAAGAAAAAAGGAACUUCAUCAACUACUUCCUGAUCAUGUUCUUCAGAAAAAGGAAACACACUCAGCAGAAGAUGUAAGGUUGACAGCCGUGGAUGACAGCAGCCUCUGCUUGUCUGUAGACAGUGAAAACAUCUUAGUGCCUUCACCUCCUGGCACUCAGGACAGACAUAGCCCUGCUUUGGCUGUAGUGGCAGCAUCUGUGACCAAUAUGCAGGCUCCUGAAGUUUCUCUGCAGCAGAUGAAUCCCAGUGAAAGCUCAGGGGUUGCACUGAGUGAAAGCAUUCCUCAAACUCCCUCACAGCCUACAAUUUCUCCACCACCAAAGCCCACAGUCACCAGAGUUGUUCCUUCAACACAUCUGGUAAACCACCCUCUAGACCUUCAGGAAAUGCAGCAACAAACAUAUCUAAUCCCAUAGUAGGAGUUUAGAGGACAUCUCAUCUUAUAAAGAAGCAAAUGCCAAGAAAACCAAAGCCAAAAGGGAAAAACCAGACAGAUAAGCACAGCUCAGAAACUGUGUAGACAGCAACUUAUUUGCUGGCUUCCCGGGAAACAUCCAGCACAGAUAGAUCCAGGAUCACAGCUCUCACUGCAGAUUCUGUUCCUGCUACCAGGAAUUCACUGAAACAUUGAGUGGAUAGAAACAACCCCAAGGGCCCACAAACAGUUUCUGCCAACUCAGCCUGUUUUUAGAUGAUACAGAAGGAAUGUGAGGGUAUCAGACUAGAUAAGACUCAGAGUAGAUUUAUGUUCACUUUGGUAACAUCUUUUAUGGCCAAAUCUUGGCCAGAAGUCCAGAUUAGCAUAUUAAGCUAUAAGUACUUUUAUUAAUGCCUCAAAUUAUUAAUGUGUCAGCAACAUUCACAUUAACUACUUCAAUGGACUAUUACUCGUUAGGGGGGGAAAACUCUAGCUAUAUUUAUAGCCAUGACUAACUUCUGUACUAAAUUCAUGUUUGAUGAAUUGUUGGGACAAUUUGCAAUACAAACUAGUAUCAGAAUUCCUUAUACUAAUGAUGUACUUUAUGCAUUUUUAAAGUUAAGAACUAGAACUAAUUUUGGAUUUUAACUUGGUGAAUUUUAGUUUUUUAAAAUUUUUUUUCCUGAAGUGGUUUCUUCACUAUUAAUCUUAAACUUAGAGACUGUUGGACAGUGGUGUAAUAUACUUCAGAGAAAGCACAAAAGUAACUUUAGCUCAGUCCUGCUGAGAUAGCUGCAAUGCUUUAAAAUGUAAUGUCAACCCUUCGGAUAUAUAUUUGACAUCAAAACAGUAAUUUCUGUCUUUAGUUUUGAUAGGACAUGAUCAAGAAAUAACACAUGGGUUUUGCCUAUAGGAUUACUUUAGACAGUGUAUAAUCAGCAACCCAGUGUUGUCUUUGAGCUUACAAAGCUCCAGAGUCUUGUCUUCAAUCAUUUCAUCCGAAAGCAAAGAGCUUUUUGCCUUUACCCUCUUCUGUUUGCUAUGUGUUGCAAGGUAUGCUUGUUUGUUGUUUUGUUAAAAAAAUCCAGGGUACUAGUAUUUUCUAAACCAUGAUGUGAAAUCAGCAGUCUUGUGCCCACAUAGCACAAAACAAAUUUGGAUUUUAUGGCUAACAUUUUAGUAAAACUUCAUUAAAUGUAAUGACUGUAAAAUAUAUUGCUGUUCUAUGAUGGCCAUUUGAUCACUAAAGGUGGAAAGUUUUACAAAUUCCACAGGAUAUCUGCUUUAUAAGAAAGCUGAUUUCCAAUUUUAAAUGUGGGCAAACCAUUUUCUGCACAGAUUUUAAACCAAUUUUUAAUGCCUUAGCAGAAUUCAUUAAUUUUAUCUGAGUCAUGUAAAAAUUUUU